AUGGAUGUUAAAAAUCUUGAAAAACAGUUUCAGGAUUUGCGUCCAUUGAUGUUUCCUGGAAUCUUUGACAAGCUGAAUCAAGCUGAUGAUAAAUGCGACAAACUUUCGAAACAAAUUUUGAUUACAAUGCGCUCAAAUCACUAUAACUUGUUUGCUGAUGUCUUAUAUGAACACCACAAGCAAGGUCCAAAAGCAGAAGCGAUAUUAGAGAGUGGAUAUCAAGAACCUAAUGAUAUCCUUCGUAUUUAUGAGCCUCUUGAGGUUCAAUCCAUCACCAUGCUUCUCAAAUAUACAUUAUCAGAUCCACCACGCUUCGUAAAUGCAUUACUUCAGCAUUCUAAGCGUCCAGAAUUUUAUCAGUUGGCAAUUUUAACAGUGCCUGCUGUAUUUUCAUUCUAUAGCACAAAAGAAACUAUGGGAUUCGCAUUCAACUUUUUAAUGGAGCUUUCACGAACAAAAAACUUCGAUUUAUUUACAAUUUUCAUUUCUCCAAUAUUAAAUUCGACAGCAUGUAGUGUCUUCAUCAAUUUACUAUUCAAAAAGAUCUUCUGGGCUAAUUUUGACUCAGAUAUAAAAGAAAAAGAGAUAUCACAACUUUUACUCAAUGAAGCCAUUCCAUUAUUCAAAUUUUUACCUGAAACAGUUGUCGUCCUACUCAGAAUGCUUCUAUUACAGUGGGGAGAAGUCGAAAUUUGGAAAAUUUUAGCCAGAACAUUUCUAUUUCCUCAACUUUUACUCCAAGUAUCAGCUAAACCAUUCAAUCAUGUCAUUUUAGAUAAAAUAAAUACACUCAAAGUCAAAUCAUACCUUUAUUCCAUUGGCAAAAAGAAAUGUUUACUAAAUAUCCCACAUUUAGAGUUCGGAUCAUCAUAUAAAGAAAUUCCAGAGACAUUCAUCCCAUACCAGCACAGUUUCGCUCUUGAUCUCAUUCUUACCGUUUCAGAUAUCAAAAAUUUGAUUUCAAUUUCAGGAGAAAUUCCACAUCACACCAAGAGAUUACAAGGGAUAUUAGAUAGUACAGCACAUCCACCCUUAGCUCCCUUCUAUAUUCACUUCUUCCCUAAAAUGCUCGUUCCUCCACCGAUGGGGCUCCGAAAUCUCUUUACAUUUCCGAAAUACGUGAACUCAGACAUCCAACAGCAAUCGUCCAUGGCCCAGCUUUGGUCUACAUUCGAAACAGCUACUGUUUCGACGAGAUCUAAUCCAUUUGACCUUCUAAAACAGUCUCCUAUCCAUACCGGUGAGUACAACCUUGAUCUACAGCUCAACCAUUCCGUGAAUCUCGAGGAAUUUUAUCACUUUGGCCUUGACAAAACCGUCAAAGAUUUAUGUUUGACUGCAGAGACGUUGGAGAAGCUUCUAGAGCAUUCCAUGGACUCCUCGACACUGAAUAAUUGGCUGAUUGAGUGCAGGAACUACGAAAACAUCAAUGCAAUGCAAUCUGCCACUUCAAUAAUUUCGAGAUUGAAUUUCAAGCUCGAUCAUAUCCAAUCGAACUUAUGGGAUUACGUAUCCGAAUAUGGCUGCGGAUCUCGUAGUAUUUCCUAUUGGCUUGCAGUUCUUUUCUUGGAAAAAAUCGAAUUAAAUUUCUUGAUGAAGUACAAGAAGGAAGUUGUUGAAUUGCAACAAUUAUACCGAAAUUACUUGAUCCUGAAGAAUGCCAAAAUUAAUUCGGCGCCAUCUUUCAAAAAUUCCAGAUUAAAGAGCGCAAUGUGGGAAGCAAGUGGUUCAUUGCAGUUUGCCAACCACCAAUCAAAGCUUUCCAAGCGCUACAUCAUCCUUAACUCUUAUAUCGAACAGGUUGAACUGAUUAUUGCUGCAGAAGGCAUCGAUAACUCACUCGAGAAGACAGCACAGAUCUUGGAAUUCUCAUUUUCGGAAUGCAAACAGGUUUGGAUCCUCGAAACAAUUUUAAUCCUCAGUUGCGGACUUUUCAACAAUGAAAACUUCGCUCUUUACGCUCCUCCUCAACUUAUUGAUAGAUGGAGGAAGUUUGCAGCUGCAUUUAUUAGAUUUUUGUCAAAUGAUAUUAAUAUUAUCACAAAAUAUAACGAUUUCUUAACAAAUACAAUUUGA